AUUCAGCGAGAAAAUGUAACAAGACAAGAUCAGCAUUUAUAAAUUUUCAUUGCCAGACAAGAAGUACGUAAGAGUGUGUUUGAGCUGCUGUUAACCCUACAGAAUCAAGCACUCACAGCACUUCUACCUGGAUACUCAGAUACAAACUUCCUAGCCCUCCCCAGAUCGCCAUCACCAACUGCAAUAUGCAGUUCUCUACCAUCACUCUCUUGCUCCUUGCCUCCACGGGCGUAGCAGCCACUCCCAUUUACUCUCCAGCCAUGCCCCUCGAUGCGAGGCGCAACUUGGAGAAACGCCUGGAGUAUAAGGGAACAUGCACCAAGUCCAGUAACACGUGCAGAUACAAGGGCCCGAACGGCAGGACCACGUUCAAGAAGUGCGGCACCUUCGCCAACCAGAAGUGCACUAAGGAUGGAGCUCCUUGUGUGUGGGAGAGUGAAAAAGGCGUUGGUGGUAAGGUCACCUGUAAAUAGACUGUUUGAGAACCUGGCUGGGUAUUACAUGUCCUCAAACUUGACUGUGAUUGGGACAAGCAAGAUUGUGUAAUGCUUCUCGAGGGCAACCUAGUUACGCAUAGUGGAGCCUAAGGUUGUGCAAUAAUGUCCUUUCCAGAUAUAAUUAUACCUAUAGCCGUGAUGUCUCUUAUCAG